GAUCAUGUGAGAGUCCAUGCUUGGAGAAAGUAGGUUAGCAGGGUAGACUGAGAGGAAAGCAGGCGGAGAGUCACAGAGAGGAAGGGGGGUCCGGACGCCGCUCCUGCAUCGUGGGACUAUUCUGUCAAAAAAAGUUGAGCCGAUCUGUUCGACGCGAUUACCAUGUCAGCUACGGCGACUUUUUCAACUCUUUUAUUUUGCUCGGACUUGAUCGAGCGAUAAACAAAAAGACUUUCGGGUAGUUUUUUUCUUCUCCUUUCUUCAUUUUUUUUUUGGGACACCGAUUUGCGAAAGCCGACUACCACCGGGACGAAGUUAAUAUUUACAGAGCCAGUUUACUUUGGCUCCAGCGCGUCAUUCUCUCCCGUCUUGUCACCUCCAGUGACCACAUGUAGUCCGGUUUUUUAUCGCCCUGCACGAAUAAAGGAAAACACCAAAAUGAGAGCUCAAAUCGAGGUCAUCCCCUGUAAGAUCUGUGGGGACAAGUCCUCAGGAAUCCACUAUGGAGUCAUCACCUGCGAAGGCUGCAAGGGCUUCUUCCGUCGCAGCCAGCAGAACAACGCCAUGUACUCCUGUUCCCGUCAGAGGAACUGCCUGAUCGACCGCACUAACCGUAACCGCUGCCAGCACUGCCGCCUGCAGAAGUGUCUGGCUUUGGGCAUGAGCCGAGAUGCGGUGAAGUUUGGACGCAUGUCGAAGAAGCAGCGCGACAGCCUCUAUGCUGAGGUUCAAAAGCACCAGAAGUCCCAAGAGUGCGUCGGCGCCGGAGGCGGCGGCUCCACCACGCUGUCUUUACCCAGGGAGGAUGGCGUCUGCGGAGGCGGUGCGGAGGAUGGAGAAGAGGGACUGAGCACGUCCUACAGCAGCAGGGGCUCCAGCUCCACUCUGAGCGACCUGGAUGACAUCGCGGCGCUGCCCGACCUGUUCGACCUGCCGCUGACCCCCGAGGAGGCCAGCGAGUACUGCAGCCUGGAGCUGCUCGGAGGCGGAGGAGCCAGCACGGGGAACACCUCCAACUCGUCGUCCUCUUCCUCCUCGUCUGCAUCCCUGUCCAAUCAGAAUUCACCACAGCAGACCAUACUGGAUGCGGCAGACACCAACGGCAUCCAGCUACUGCAUUCACACUCUCACACACUGCUGGGACACACACACACACUGCUGGACCAUCUGCCUGAUGACUGCUCAAUAACAGAUCUUGAACACAUCACUCAGAGUAUUGUAAAGUCUCACUUGGAGACGUGUCAGUACAGCGCCGAAGAGAUGAAGAGAUUCACCUGGGUACAAUACACACCUGAGGAAACACGGGCUUUCCAGAACAAGUCCGCGGAGUGGAUGUGGCAGCAGUGCGCGCAUCACAUCACCAACGCCAUCCAGUACGUGGUGGAGUUUGCCAAACGUAUCGCAGGCUUUAUGGACCUGUGCCAGAACGAUCAGAUCAUACUGCUGAAAGCAGGCUGUCUGGAGGUCCUACUUAUCCGUAUGUGCCGAGCUUUCAACAUGAACAACAACACCAUCUUCUUCAAUGGAAAGUUCGCCUCGGCUCAGUUCUUCAAAGCGCUGGGUUGCGAUGACCUGGUUAGUGCCGUGUGUGACCUGGGAAAAGGACUGUGCCGUCUGCAGCUGUCUGAUGAGGAGAUAGCCUUGUUUAGUGCUGCCGUCCUUCUAUCACCUGACCGACCCUGGCUCACAGAAGGCCAAAAGGUCCAGAAACUUCAGGAGAAGGUCUACCUAGCCCUGCAGCACAGUCUGCAUAAGAGUGGCGCUUCUGAUGAGAAACUGGACAAGAUGGUGUCCAAGCUGCCCAUUAUGAAGUCCAUCUGUAACCUCCACAUUGACAAACUGGAGUUUUUCCGUCUGGUUCACCCUGAGACCGCGUACAGUUUCCCACCACUGUACCGGGAGGUGUUCGGCAGCGAGCUGUCGCUGCCGGACUCCACCAACAGCUAGACGGACAGAGAUGAUAGAUGGAGAGAGUGUGUUUGGAGGUAGGGAAGCAAAAGGAGAGACUGAGAAGGAUAGAGAUGUUGGAGCUUAACAACCAGCAGUUAUGAGACAAUCCAGGACUUUAAAAACUCCGUCUCCCAUGAUCCCAAAGUAGUCCUCCACUUUCCCAGCAGGCAAAAGCACCUUACACUACAGACCGCACAUGCUCAUGGUCCUUUGCAUAUUGUAGCAUUAACAACAAGCGUAUGGGCCUCCAAAUAAUAUCACAGCUUAGCAUGUAACAGCUCAAAGCUCUAACACUUGUUAAUUAUCUGAUCCUCUUUGGAUCGCCCAACCAGUUUAUGAAUGUACCUCAUGAAAAGCACCAGUGCACAAGCAAGAACCCAACAACAGUGAAUGUACAACCCUGCCACUCGUAAACACCAACAAUUCGAAUGAAGUAGUGUUGAUCAACCGGUCUCACUAUUAUUACACCCAUCAGUCAAUAUUUCUCUCGGCAUUCAUGCCUCUCAGUAUGAUACGCACUUAUGUUCAUACAGAUCCUACUAUCCUUGUACUGACCAUCACCUCGGGACCAAGAUCAUGAGUCAGGGUAUUUUCUGAUAUAUAAAAAUAAAAAAAAUAAGGACGCAUAUGAUAUGACUCACGGUAUAGGCUGAAUUCACCAGCCUGGUUAAAAAAAAGGAACAUUAAAAAAUUUUAAAAACAGUUUCACAGACGUUUAGACAGUGUUCGGUGCUGCCUUUUUUUGUAGGCUCUUGUAAUGCAAUGAGAAACCUCAGUCCCACACACCCCUUUCCUUGUAAAUGCCACUUAGAGACAGGACAAGAUGAAAUUAUCUUUAAUUUAUAUACACAUUUAUAAACAAAUAUUUUAAAUAAGAAUGUAAAUAGAUGACUAUAUAAGUAUAUGGCGAGAGAGUUGGAAUGUGUGCGUUCACUUCAGAGCGAAACGGAGAGAAAGGUGGUUGGUGAGACGUAAGAGGAGGGACAACAGAUGGAUACUUGAGGAAAGCUGGUGUUCGGACUCUUUUUAUUUUUGUGGACGAUUCUUCCUCUCUUGACAGUACUCUCAGGUUUCCGCGGCAACAACCCCGUCUUGCCCCUACAGCAAUGGCAUGGCCAUGACGCAAGCAACGGGGUGGACACUUGUUGCAGAUGUGACACAGCAGGGGAGGCAGCGUACUUCUACAAAGGCAAUUAAAAAAAU